AUGCGGACGACGAGCGUGCACCGCGGCGUGCUCGCCUGCCUGCUUCUGGCGUUUGCGCUAUGCGUCGGGGCGCGCACACCGACGGUGACCGCGUCCAACUUUGCGAAUCUGCCCAGCAAGCUAAGCUACUUUGACGACAGCAGCGUCGUGCUCUGGCACGAUGCCGAGUCGGGCACCGUCUUUCGCAGCGACAACGAGGGCAAGUCGUGGAAGGCGGUGAGCGGGCCGCCGUCGGGCAAGGCGAUGCUCUUGAUAGAGCACCCAUACGACCCAAAGCAGGCCUUUAUUCUCUCCAAUGCGGAAGAGCACUGGCGCACGACGGACCGCGGCGCGACGUGGCAGCGCUUCAGGACGCCCGAUCCCCCAGCGGUGCGCGCAGGCAUCCCGCUCGACUUUCACGCGGACGAGAAGCACCGCACGUACAUCCUGUAUACGGGCCGGAAAUGCUCCAAGUGGUCGCCGCUGCGCGGAAGCGUGUGCCACGACGUCGCCUACUAUACCACGGACGCGUUUGCGACCGACGUCAAGCAGGCGAUGGACGUCGUGCUGCGCUGCAACUGGGCCAAGACCACGCGCGAGGUCGUCGUGCCGCAGCACGCCAUGACGCGCAUCUUUUGCCUGGCCUGGGACGAGAGCGUCCACCAAAAUGCGCCGGCAGGCCAGCAGAGCGCGAGCAAGACGCGCAUGUGGGCCAGCGACGACUUUUUCAAGACGCGGCGCAUCGUCGACCUGGGCCUCGGGCGGGACGCACGAGGGUUCAUGGGCCUCGGCGCGUCGCGGCGCUACCUGAUCACCGCACUGCAGGACCCGACACAAGGGCGGGGGAAGGAGCUCAGCCUCUACGUCUCGCUCGACGCAGAGACGUGGUCCAAGGCGCAGUUCCCGCACGGCCAGCUCCUGCACGAGAGCGCGUACACGAUCCUCGAUGGGCCGCAGUUCCACCUCCUGGUCGACGUGCUCGACGCGGCAAGCAACACCGGCUCUCUGUUCAUGAGCGACAGCUCGGGGACGCAGUUUGGGCUUAGCCUGCACGGCACGCAGCGCAAUGCGAUGGGUAUUGUGGACUACGAGCACCUCGCCAACAUUGACGGCGUUGCGAUCGCCAACAUCCGCACCGAGGCGGCGCUUGCGCGCGUCAAGACCAAGGUAACGCACGACGAGGGCAGCCACUGGACGUACCUCGCGGCGCCACGCACAGACGUUGACGGGCACUCGAUCGGAUGCAACACGGCGGAUCCGGAGCACUGUGCACUGCACCUGCAUGCGCUAGUGCAGCCGCACAACUUGGGCCGCACCUUUUCGUCCUCGGCGCCAGGCCUCGUGAUGGGCGUCGGUUCCGUGGGCGAGGUGCUCAAGCCGUACGACGACUGCGACACGUUCUUGAGCACGGACGCUGGCGCGACGUGGACCAUGGUCGCGCGGCAUCCUCACAAGUACGAGUUUGGCGACCAAGGCGGCCUGUUAGUGCUUGUGCCAGACACGGGUGCGACCGACGUGCUGCGCUACUCGUUCAACUACAAGACAUGGCAUACGCUCCAGCUCGGCACGACGAUCACACCGUUUGUCCUGACGACGAUCCCGGAUAGCACCGCGCUCAAGUUCCUGCUCAUCGGAUCGCGCGCUCGGGGCGCGGGCGAUGACAGCCAGCGGCACGCGGCGCUGUUUGUCGACUUUGCGCCGCUCAAGAAGCGCAAGUGCGGCUCGCGCGACUUUGAGCAGUGGUACCCCCAGGGCCCGAACGGCGCGUGCCUCAUGGGACACCGGCAGUGGUACCGCCGCCGCAAGGCAGACGCGGACUGUGUCGUGCUCGACAAGUUCCACGACCCGGUUGCCCACGUCGAUCCGUGCCAGUGCACCGAGGCGGACUACGAGUGCGACUUUGGCUUUGUGCGCGCGCCUUCGGGCAAGUGCGAGCCGUCUGGCGCGAUUACCGUGCCGCCCGGCGCGUGCCAGCGCAAAGGCGACACGUUUACGGGCUCGUCGGGCUACCGCAAGGUACCGGGUAAUACGUGCGAGGUGCGCGCGGGCCAGAAAGCGCUCGACGCGCCGGUCCAGCGGCCGUGCACGCAAGUCGCGCCGCCCGCUGCCGGUGCGAUCCAGCACCAGCGCUUUGCGUUCCCCUCGGCGAUCGCCGACGUGCUGCACUUUGCCAAUUCGCCGCACGUCGUCGUCCGGCUCAUGGAUGGCCAAAUCUUCCAGUCGGCCGAUGACGGCGGGACGUGGCACGAGUUGAAGCUGCUGAUUGCGCGCUUUGCGGAGCGGAAAGCGCUUGCGCUGAUUUCCCAUGCGCACGACAAGCAGCGCGCGUUUAUCGUGUCUGAUUCCCAGGCCGUCUUUUACACCACCGACGGCGGUGUGCACUGGCAAUGGUUUAGCGCGCCGCUUGCGCCCAACGUCUUUGGCCUUGCCCCGCUCGACUUCCACCCCACGCAGCCCGACUGGCUGAUCUGGACCGGAAGCCGCGGCUGCGAGACGCCGGGCGGCGCGUGCCAUACCGAGGCGUACUACUCGCUGAACAACGGCCGGCAGUGGUCGCGCUUUGACACGUACGUGCGCAAGUGCGCGUGGCUGCGCGACACGCACUUUGCCGCGGCCGACACGCGCGCGAUCCUCUGCGAGAGCCACACGGAGAAGAAAGGUAGCCAGCCGCUCGCGGCGAGGCCCGAGCGUACGCUGCAGCUGGUGCUCGGCAACGAUCUGUACCGCAAAAAGCACGUCUUGUUUGAGAACGUCUUGGGCUUUUCCGUCUUUGAGGAGUUUUUGCACGUUGCCGAAGUGGUCGGCGUGCCCGCGGCGCUGCGCAUGCACGUCUCAAUGGACGCGCACCGCUUUGCGGAGAUCCAGCUUCCCCCCCAGCUCGACCUCGAGCGCCACGCGUACACGGUCCUGGACUCUGUCACGCGUGCCGUCUUUAUGCACGUCUCUCCCCAGCAGAGCGCGCUGCGGCAGUGGGGCGACCUGGUGAAGAGCAACUCGAACGGGACCUACUAUGCGCUCUCGCAGGAAGGCGUGAACCGCAACGCGCUGGGCUACGUCGACUUUGAAAAGAUGCGCGGCAUCCACGGCAUCGCGCUCACCAACGUCGUGAGCAACCAGGAGGAGGCGGCGAUCUCGGGCCUCAAGGCGCUCCAGACGCGCAUCACGCACAACGACGGCGGGCACUGGGACGCGCUGACCCCGCCUGUGCACGACUCACACGGCAAUCCGUACGCGUGCAACGAGGUGGGGUGCAGUCUGCACCUGCACGGCCUGCUCGAGCGUCCGGACCUGCGCCUGAUGACGAGCACCCCCGCUGCGACGGGCUUUAUGCUCGGCACAGGGAAUGUCGGGCGUGCGCUCGCGCCCUACCGCGACUGCGACACGUUCCUUACGCGCGACGGCGGCUUUACCUGGGAAGAGGUCCACAAAGACGCGCACAAGUGGGCCAUGGCCGAUCACGGCGCGAUCCUGCUCCUGGUCGACGACGAGCGGCCGACAGACGAGGUGCUCUACACGCUCGACCAGGGCCUCUCGUGGAAGUCGUUCAAGCUCGGGGAGCGCAUGCGCGUCGCCACGAUCGACGCGCUCCCGGAGGAGUCCGAGCGCCGCUUUGUCCUCUUUGGCCAGACGACGCAGGUGCAAAAGCAGUCGGUCGCUGUGAUGCUCGACUUUACCGCCGUGCUCCCGCGCAAGUGCGUCUUUGACCGCAAGAGCGAGGAUCGCAACGACUUUGAGCGCUGGAGCCCCGGCGAGCAGCGGGACGAGCGGUGCCUGUUUGGUGCGCAGCGCUGGUACUGGCGCCGCAAGCGCGACCGCGCGUGCUACGUCGGCGACGCGCUGCCCGACAAGAUCGAGGAGCGGCAGUGCCAGUGCACCGAGGCGGACUUUGAAUGCGAAUUCAACCACUACCGCGACCCCACGACCCAAAAGUGCGUGCCGUACGUCAACACCGCGGAGCUCGCCGCGUCGGUCGAGGAGCAGUGCGCGCGCAAUGCGCCCGAGUACGACGGGUACUGGUACGAGCGCACCGCGGUGCGCAAGGUGCCGAUCUCGGUGUGCACUGGCGGCCUCCGCCUCGACCGCGGCGCGCAGCACCGCUGUCCCCACACGCCGAUCCGCCACGGCUUCUUUUGGUGGCUCUGGAUCCUGCUGCUAGCCGUUGCGAUCGGCUUCGCGGCCGCCUACUGGUGGACCAACGGCGAGAUUGGGCAGUACGGCGCCCUCCGCCUCGAGGACCACGCCGCAUACCACGACGCGCGCGAGCACCUCGGGCUGCUCGCGGGCUUUGUCGGGGGCCUCGCGUCGCUCGCGUGGGCGCGCGCGCAGGAACUGGGCGAGCACAUUCCUAUCGUGCGCGACUACCUGCGCCGGCGUUCCCAGCGUCCUUUCUCCAGCUACCACAUGCUGUCGACCGACGAAGACGCCGAGAUCCUCCGCGGCUACGACUCGGAGGCCGAGCCAUAG